AGUACUAACAUCUCCUCCUCUUCCUCUUAUUCUUUUCUAGAGAGGGAAACUGACUGAGGAAAAUACUUAGAGAGAGAGAGAGAGUAGGAAAGAUCACCAUGGGCAGAAGGAGCUUGAAGCUCCUUAAGAUCCUUCUCCUACUCUUUGCUUUGAACUCUCUCUCCCUAUGCCUCUACUACUUAUCUCACGCAAAACCCUUCUUCUCCAAUCUCCAUACCCAUAACCCAACUCACUAUUCCUUGACUCUAAACCGCCUUCCCUUGACUGAAAAUCAACAGCAUCUUCAAACCCACCAACGGUUUUCCAAGCCAUGGCCUAUUCUUCCGUCUUAUCUCCCGUGGUCGCAGACCCCAGACGUAGCUUCUCGCUCCUGUGAGGCAUAUUUCGGUAAUGGGUUCACUCACCGCGUCGAUCUGCUCCGACCAGAAACUACCGGUUCCGGCUGGUUUAGGUGCUGGUUCAGUGAGACUCUUAGAAGCUCCGUUUGUGAAGGCGGGGCGCUUAAGAUGGUCCCGGAGAAGGUGAAGAUGUCUGCAGGAGGGGAGUGGUUGGAGGAGGUUAUUGGACGGUCGGAGGACGAUGAGUUGCCGGAGUUUGAAAUUGGAGCUUUUGAGCUUGAUGGGGGUCGAAGAUUUUCUGGCCAGAAGAAGGAGCUUGCGAGUCUUGAGGUUUUGGAUAAGUAUGUGCCAGAAGGAGAGGUCUUGAGGCACACCAUGCGUAGUUUGGUUGAAUCUAUUAGGAUCGUUCCGGCUAAGGAGUUCGAAUGCAAUGAGUGGAUUGAGGAGCCAACACUUCUGCUUACACGCUUUGAGUAUGCUAAUCUUUUUCAUACUGUCACUGAUUGGUAUAGUGCUUAUGUGUCUUCAAGGGUAACCGGCUUGCCUAAUCGACCCCAUUUGGUGUUUGUAGAUGGACACUGCAUGGCGCCCUUGGAAGAAACAUGGACAGCAUUGUUCUCUAGCCUCAGAUACGCCAAGAACUUUACUGGCUCUGUAUGUUUCCGUCAUGCAGUUCUUUCACCCUUAGGGUACGAAACUGCUCUAUUCAGGGGGCUGAAUGAAGAAAUAAACUGCCAUGGUACGUCAGCACAAAAUCUGUGGCAAAACCCGGAUAACAGUAAGACUGCUCGAUUAUCUGAGUUUGGAGAAAUGAUCAGAGCUGCUUUUCGGUUUCCAGUUAACAGACAUCGUGCUGAAGGAUCAGCUUCAGGUUAUAACAUCCUCUUUGUUCGACGAGAAGAUUAUUUAGCUCAUCCUCGUCAUGGUGGUAAAGUUGAGACAAGGCUCAGUAAUGAAGAAGAAGUAUUUGGUUCUUUAAGAAACUGGAUUUCCACUCGUAGGGAUUGCAGAAUAAACCUUGUGAAUGGGUUGUUUGCUCACAUGUCCAUGAAGGAGCAAGUCCGGGCUAUUCAAGAUGCUCAUGUAAUUAUUGGUGCUCAUGGUGCUGGGCUCACACACAUAGUUUCUGCACUACCAAAAACAGUAGUUCUGGAGAUUAUUAGCAGCCAAUUCAGACGGCCUCACUUUCAGUUGAUUGCACAAUGGAAAGGGUUGGAAUAUCAUGCCAUUAACCUCGACGGAUCUUAUGCUAGUCCACAGGUUGUCAUCCAGAAGCUUAGCAACAUAAUGAGAGACCUUGGAUGCUGAAAAUAGUUUUCAUUGUGGCAAUGCCCAUCUAUCACUGAGCAUAUGUUCUUGAACUAUCACGAUGUCUCCUCCUGCACAAUGCGACAUUUCCAAGAUUCUCUGAUCUUUGCUCAAUCUGAGAUUGAUUUUCUUUCUCGGAUCUUUGCUCGAUCUGAGAUGGAUUUUCUUUUCUGGGAUACCACAUUUAAAUGGUUGAGUGCAAACAUUAUCAGUUCAAAUGGAGACCAGAGAAAUAUAGAUGAGAAGGUGGUCUAGUUUGUUGGUUGUUUGGGCACUAGGCAGAGAACUAGGCCUAGCAUGGUGUGAUUUCAUCAACUAGAGAUGAAUGGUUCAGAGUUAGUGUAUUCUAUCAAAUUGUCAAAUGGCCAUAAACAAUUUUACUUUAUUCCUUCAGUUACAAAAGUAUAGGUUGAUGACAUGUUAGGAAUGAUAGUAGUUAUUCUUUGUUCUAAAAGCAACUUUUUUGCGGACGAAUAGAUAAUGCAACACUGAUCAAUCAUUUGCUUUUUUUGGCUUGA